AGUUAGGAUGGGUCUCCUGCAAGGUUUGUUAGUGCUGGGUUUGAUUGUGGCAUUUGACCUGAAGAAUGUAUGGGGAAGUUUGAGAUAUGGUCAAAGUCCAAGCAGCAUGAAGCCACAAUCAGAUCCAGCUUCCAGAGGUCCUGCUCUUUCUUCUCAAGGGUUCUGGAACCCUUUGCAAAAGGCUUCUCCGUUUCAGAGUCUUGACUCCAGAAGAUUUGCACAAGAGCCUCUUGGUCUUCAGGAGAAGCAGGUGUUGCAGAGUCCAGUGAAGCCUUUGGACUGGAGGUUUCCUGUUGUUCCAGUGGUGCAGAGCGAGAUGGCGGUGGACUUCCAGUUGAGGCAACCCGUGACUCCUGGUAGUGUAGCUAUUCAAUGCGGUGAGAACCGGGUUCUGGUUGAAGUAAAGCAGGACUUAUUUAGCAAUGGUCAACUGAUCCAGCCAUCUGGAUUGUCUUUGGGAGGAUGUCCCGUUGUUGGUGAGGACUCAAACUCUAGGGUGCUCAUCUUGGAGCAUGAACUGCAGGACUGCAACAGUGUGUUGAUGAUGACUGAGGAUGAGCUUGUCUACACCUUUGCUCUUACCUACACGCCUGAGGCGCUCGCUGGCACUCCGAUUACUCGUGCUGAUGGUGCUGUUGUUGGUGUUCAAUGCCACUAUCAAAGGUCUCACAAUGUGAGCAGUAAUGCCUUGAGGCCAACUUGGGUCCCUUAUGCUUCAACGGAGGUUGACGAGGAAGUCUUGCUGUUCUCCCUGAAGCUCAUGAUGGAUGAUUGGUCCUAUCCGAGGCCUUCACACUUGUACUUCCUGGGUGAUGUUAUUAAUAUUGAGGCAUCCGUGAAGGUGUACAACCAUGUUCCGCUGCGUGUGUUUGUAGACCACUGCGUGGCCACCCAAGUACCUGAUGUGAAUGCCCUUCCGGGAUAUUCGUUCAUUGAGAAUCAUGGGUGCCUUGUGGAUGCCAAGGCUACGGCUUCCAGCUCGCGCUUCAUGCCUCGAACCCAGGAAGACAAGAUCCAGUUCCAGCUGGAGGCCUUCAUGUUCCAGGAAGGAUACAGUCCUUCUAUCUACAUAACGUGUAUUCUGAAGGCUACUCUUGCUUCUGCACCCAGUGAUGCUCUCUGCAAAUCUUGUUCCUUUGCCAAUGGGUGGUUUGCUGCUGAUGGGAACCACGAGGUUUGUGGUUGCUGUGACUCAACAUCUGGUCCUGAUGGAGGAAAUGCUGCUCCAUCUGCUGCAAGAUUGCUUUUGGUACAAUGGGAAGGCAAGGCCUCACUCGGUCCUGUAAUUGUUCAAGAGCGAAAGAAGACUUUAGCUGGUUUUCAAUAAAUGGGGGUGGAAAAACCUA